CAGCCAACAAAGAAAGAUGACUCUAUAUUGAUAUAUGUUUUUAGUACGAUGGAUUCCCCAACGCUGACUGAUAACAUUCCCUUUCAGACAAUAUUAGCGGCCAAAGAAAAUUUAGGAGAAUCCGUCAUACGAACUCCGCUCGUUCCUCUUAAUGUCAAUGUGCCAGGCAAAAAGGUAUUCCUAAAGCUUGAAAAUUUACAGCCUAUUGGGUCCUUCAAAAUCAGAGGGGCUGGUAAUGCCUUGGCAAACCUUUCUCAAGAUGAAUUGAAGGAUGGUGUGUAUACCGCAAGCGCUGGAAAUUUUGCUCAGGGUCUUGCUUGGAAUGCCAGAAAAAGGGGAAUCCCCUGUGAUAUAAUUGUGCCCAAUCAUGCACCAUUGACUAAAUUAGAGGCAAUCGAACGACUAGGUGGAAAUAGUUUGAAAGUGCCUUUUGAAAAAUGGUGGGAAGUUCUCCAAACUCACCAUUACGACGGAAUGAAAGGGAAAUUCGUGCAUCCCGUCUGUGACCCCGCAGUUAUCGCUGGUAAUGGUACCAUAGGGCUAGAAAUUGUGGAGGACUUGCCUGAUGUUGAUGUCGUCAUUUGUCCCUAUGGUGGAGGCGGUCUCAUUUCGGGGGUGGCAUCUGCCGUGAGAUCUCGCAGACCCAGAGCUCAAGUGUAUGCAUGCGAAGUAAAUACAGCAUCGCCUUUAAAGCUGUCGUUUGACUUGGGGAAGCCCUCCACCUGCGAUUACACGGCAAGCUUUGUGGAUGGAAUGGGUGGCAAGUCGGUACUGGAAGCUAUGUGGCCUCUCGUAAGUCACCUGGUGGAUGACUCUUUGGUUGUGACGCUACAAGAAGUUGCGGAUGCUGUAAAGCUGAUUGCCGAACGGAAUCACGUGAUAGCAGAAGGUGCUGGUGCUGCAACUGUGGCUGCAGCAAUGUCUCCAAAGUUUGCAAACAGACUUGGCGGGAAUAUCGUGUGCGUCAUAUCUGGCGGUAAUAUUGAUACCAAUAAAUUGGUACAGGCAUUGGAGGGUAAAAUUCCGCAAUGACAAACAGUACUCAUUUUUAAAAUUUUUAUUAUUCUAAUGAAGCCGUUUUACAUGAAGUAAAUUACAAUUAUCACUAGAAUUAAUUUGGCACUGUUUGAGAUUCUAGCCCUGAACCGUACAUGACAAAAUGCCCAGUAGUAUAACAUACAAAAUUUCUGUACUUUAUCCCCAAAAGAUUAGAACAAAAAAUGUCAUGAUGAUGCUUCAGAAGCAAUGAUGCAUGGUGUAUAUCUUAUAUGAAAAUUCCUAAAGUAGCAGUAGUAUGGAAUAUGUCAUAAAAUAAAUUUUAUAACUCAGAAUAUCUGAAAAAGUAAGUCAAUGCACAAAAUGUUUCAUCAUUAUGAAAAAAGAAGAAGAGAGAAGUCUCAUUGCAUUUUGUCUAAUUAAUAUUUUUGAAUACAAAAUUGAUUAAAAAUUGCAGUUAAACUACUUCCCAUAAUGUUUCACAUAAUACUUGGGUUGUCUGAAUUUUGACUGGUUCUUAAAUCUUCUCCCUAGAUAAGUUUCCUUACAUGUACAACAGUUCUAGCUACAUGCACAACAGUUCUACUAGCUACAUGUGCAACAGUUCUACUAGCUACAUGUACUUACAAUGUUACACACUGCUUUCCAUGGUAAAACAAGUAUGAAUAUUAUAAUAUGUUUUCAUCAUUGGGUGCACAUAAUAGUGUGUACUUAGUCUAGUACAAAACAGUACAAGUGAAACACCUGUAUCUACUGGGACCCGCUGACAUUUUUCUCUGUGCAUUAGUUUUUUUUAACAGAUUUUUAAUGAAAUCUAGCACCAGAUUAACUAUUUACUACAAGUCUACUUCAAAUAUUAGAUUUGCCUUUCUUCACUAUGCAUCCAACUCUGCUACAAAAGAUGGAGUUUAGAAAUAUUGUAACACUUUAUCCACCCAUCAAUGCAUGGUCGUAGUUGCAGAACCUAAGGCUACCCUGUCAAGAACUUCUUAAUCUAAUGGUUAUAGUCAUCUAGUCAGUAACAUUGUUAUUUAACUAGUAUUCAAGUGAUGGAAACAACGUAUUUGAAAUAUUUCCUGUCACUUUCAAUCUCUGCGUCCGACUCUAACUGUACAAGUUCCUGAAUACAGAGAGAAUGUUGACGACGUAUCUCAAACAUGAUCUCGUCAUGUUCCUUAUAGAACUGUCGAAGGCCAAACUGUGGAUGAAAACAAUGGUUAUUAAUUAUACAUUGUAUAUUUAUAUGAUUUAUGCAUAAUACAAAUGUAUUUACCUGAUGUAUACUAGUCCUAAUUAAGUCAUAAUUGGGUGCUCAAACUGAUUUUUCAUUACACGGUCAUGUAAAAGAUUCCUGUAUGUAAAAAAGUCUUUUUCAAAAAUUUGUUAAUCGAUAUUGAAAAUAGUGAUUAUUUUUAUUUCACAAUUCUAGAAUUAUAUAAAGAUGUGUAUAAUGAAUUUUGAUGGUUUUAUUAAAAUUAAAAAUAAUCUAUCAAUAAAAAGACUAUUUUUUAUGUGAUG